CAAAAUGUAAUUGUUUUCAGGAAGCAAGGGACGCUGGUGCUUUAAGGCUCUCCGUACACGCACACGCUUUACAUCCUGGUACUUUCUCCGUUGUCAAGGCACCGCAAGAAAGAAAAGCUGCACCAGGAAGAGACUGCGAUGUCCUGAAUCUGAGCUUAAAGAAAGUUUAGGUGUUAAUACCAGGUUCUGUGUUGGAUUAGUUGUGUUGGAGAAAUGUAUGGUGGCCCAGUUGAUGUUGGAUGUGCACCCUUUUCAUGCCCGUGGAGGUCUAGAAUGGCCCUGUUUUUUUAAAUUAUUUAAAUUUUAAAAUUUUCAUUUUAUUGCUGCUGAAGGUCACUUACUCCUACUUUAUUUCAGAAAAAUAUACAGUAUGCCUCAAGCACUACAUGCAAAAUCCAUCUACAUAAAACACUAUGAGAGUCUGCUUAACCUAAAUUAAAGAUGUGACCGAUCAGAAAUGCUGUUUGGAGCAGGUUCUGUUCUGCCGAAGAAGACAUACUUUAGUGUUUGACAUUAAACAGCAGUUUGAUGAUGUUGUAACCAAAGCGCAAGCAUGUCCAGAAAGACUACGUCUAAACGACAUUAUAAACCAUCAAGUGAGAUUGAUGAUGCAGCUCUCGCUCGCAAAAGGGAGUAUUGGAGGAGCAAGAAACGAGAGCAGAGGGCAAGAAAGUCAUCUGCCAAAAAAAAGAUUGGCGAUGAAAACCUGAGGUUGUGCAGGUCUGUUGGUAGGCAUGAACCCUUCGUGCAGAUUCCCAGAGUUAGUUGUGGUCUUCCUCUACGUAAUUGUGACGUUUCAUGCAAACUGGAGGAGGCUGACAUUUCUAAAAACUUCUUCAACUCAGGUCUAUUAGUGUCUGAGAGAAAUGUUGCUUCAGUGACAUGCCAAAAUGAUCGAUGGUUUCAAAAGACUAAGCUCAACCAUGUCUUGCCUCAAAACAUCCAAAAAACAAGCACCAAUUCCAUGAAGGGCAGUAAAAAUAUAACAAGGUCAUCAAACACAGAUGCUAAAACAGUUGAGUUGUCCAACCCUACAAGCCAUCUGGCACCGACAACAUGCUUAGAGUUGUAUCCAAUGAGGACUGGUGCUCAAAAAACAGGAGCGUCAACCCUAAAUGGCAAGCAAUUAGCAAUGUGUCCGCAAAAACAUGCAUCUGUGGUUUUACCAGUGCACAGCAACCAGAACUGUCUCAAAACCUUGAACAUUUCAAAAUGUAAAGCUUAUGAAAUCCUUAACAGUCAUAAAACUAAGAGACGAACAGGUGCCUUUGCUUCAAAGCACAACGCUGGAGUGACUAUGACUGAAGAAGAGACCGCUGCAAAGCGCAGAGAAAUUUGGCGCAUUAAAAAACGAGAACAAAGAGCAAAGCUGGCUGCGAGGCUGGCCAGGGAAGGAGAAGGGAGUCUCGGAAAAGCACUGCCUUCCUGUGUUGGUAUCACACACGCUUUGUCUCCUGCUUACAGUAAAGCUUUGAGAGGAAUCAAAUUCAACUCCGUGAAUCCCAUAUGCAUCAAUCAACAGCCAUCAGGAGCAAAAUUGUAUAGUUUUCGGACAAGAAAACAACAAAUUCAAGGCACAAAACUUAACCAUGCAUCUUUAUCCUCUUGUAUUUUGCAACCAUCCUCACGUGUCAUCCAACCUCUCAACAAAUCCAAAGUGCCAACAUUUGCGCAUACUCAAACACGUCAAAAGCAAAUGAGGAAAUAUUUUCUUGGUGCUUCCAGAUUUGAGUCUCCAGAGGAUCAGCACGCCAGGCAGAAGGAGUAUUGGCGAAUUAAAAAGCGUGAACAGAGAGCAAGGCUAGCUAUGGUGAUGAAAGCACGAUUAAAGGAACGAGAUGCAGUGAAGCAUCAAGUGAGAUCCCAUCACGCCAGCGUCAAACAGAUGUGUGUUCAAACAAGCAAAGCAAGUGCACUUGGAAGUUCUUCACAGACCAUUGGUGGCUUUAUCAGAGACGACAGGACUAUGAUGGGCUCCAUUUCAAAGGGUUCUCCUGAGGCUUCUCUGUCUGUAAGUUACAACUUUUCCUGUACAAAAAGGAUUGUAAAGAGUAAAGUAGGCUCUCUCCUACAUUCAUAUGCUCAACCAGCCACUAAGCUAGUUUCUCCUCAAUGUAGUUUUUCUACUAACCCUCAUCAAGGCUCUUUGGUAAAGUCUAGGUUAGCCAGAGAUGCAGUUAAGAGCAGUACGUCAAUCACAAAUCAGCCAGAAACCCUAACAGAAGAAGAAAGAAUCACCCGUUUGAGGGAGUACUGGAGGAUCAAGAAACGAGAGCAAAGGGCUAAGCGGGCUGCUCGACUUAGGAAUGGUCUGCUUAGAUCCAAGGUUUUAGUGUUAAAGCAGAGAGAGCAAAACAAGAAGUCAAACCAAAGGCACAGUAUUACUUCAUCUGUUUCCACUACAGUUUGUGAGUCCUCAACCACUACGCCAACUCCAAUAAAAGAAGAACACGUCUAUCCCUCUAUAAAUGCUGUCUUUUCCAUCCCAAAAAUGAAUCCCUGCAUCGGUGCUAAAGAAACACCCGCUGAUCCUCCAACAGCUGUGGACCAUCAAGACACCACUCUGCAGGCUGUGGCAUCUAUGAAGAAGCUUCUGGAGGAAUUAGUUGGCACACCAAAAGAUAAUGCUAUCGAAAUGCAUGUGAAGAGUGAAAAUGAGCCUGUUCAGUUGACUGAAGAUACAAAGCCAGACAUUACCUUACAACAAGACGUAUUAGAGUGUGACAUCUCUGCAGAAACAAGCUUUAAAGUGGUCAAAAUGAGCCCUCGAGCAUCAUCUCUUGAAGACACCAGUCAUCAUAAAUCUCAUAAUGUCUGUGAAGAGGUUGCAGAUGAAAGCAGUACAUUUUCUCCAGAGGCUCAGUGUGGAAGCAUGAAGAAGUUUAAUGAUGAUAGGGCAGAUCUCAUGAUGUCCUAUCCUUUAGAAGCCUUGCAAGAGCAGGGGCUUGGUGAGAGUGAUGAACUUCAAAGAAAAAGAGAGUAUUGGCGGUUGAUGAAGAGACAACAGCGGGCCAGAAAGGCCAACAAAGAAGCAGCUAUUUGCAGGCUGGCUCUACAGACUCCCACCAAGAAACAACCCAGCACAACUGUCAUGCGAGAUAUUUCCCAGGACACUUCAACAUGCAGACUGUUUCCAUGUCAGAAAAGAGCAAGAAGUUGCACUAAACCUGUAGCAGGUCUACAGACACAGUCUUCAAAUAAAUCAAGAACCAACAGAAGCCAAAUAACGGCAACCCCAAAUCCACAAGAAGAUUCAGAAGAGGUCAUACGCAGAAGACGCAUGCAAUGGAGGAUCAAGAAACAGGAGCAGAGAGCUAGAAAAGCAGAAUCUGAGAGAAAGCUACGCCAGAUGAUGGCUACUCCACAUAGCCAGGCUACACAGGGUCAGAACACCAGCAGCUUCUGCUCAGCAGUAGUUCUGAGCAAAAACUCAGAAAAUCUUAACUGCUCAGAUGUGUCCUGCCAGACUGCACUCAAAGAAGAGGAGUCAAGCUUUGCACUAAACGCUGCAACGGAGCGACAUUUAUCACAGGCCCAAUGGAGAAACGUUUACCUGAUGGACUUGGACCCUGUCAUCCCGCUGUUGGUGUGUAUGGUUUGUGGAGAACAGCAGUACUCGGUGAGUGUCGAAGGGGUAAAGGCUCACAUUGAGGAGGUUCAUCCUCACACACUGUCACUCGGAGAACUUGAACAUCGUGGGAUUCUUAAUGCCUGGGAUAAACAGGUGGCCUUACGAGAGCAUUUCAUCACUCACCAGCUUCAACAGCAAUGAAGAACUUCUACAGGUAAUGGGGGAAUCUGCAUUUAAUUUGGAAAUAAUACAUUUUCUGAAUACUUUUCUGAAAGUUAAGAUCAAGGCCAAGGACUUUGAGUGAACUGACAUAUUACAAACUGUGGAGGGAAAGACAAUGUUGAUGUUUUCAUUUCACUCAUUUAUUUUAUUCUGAUUUAAAAAAUGAGAAAUCAGCCAGGAAAUAGCUAAUAAGCAUGUCUCAAGGAUCGAGACUAGGACCCAUUUUUGUAACCAAUCGAAAUCGACUUAAGGGGUUAGUUUUCCCAAAAAUAUUGAUUAUGUUAUUAAUUCUGGUGACCUGACAAGGAAGUGAAGACAUUGGUGAACCAGUGAUUUUUACAGAAUUUUGGUCAUACCACCCAACUCUACAAUGACAGACUGUCAACUAUACAGUGCAUCCGGAAAGUAUUCAUAGCGCUUUGCUUUUCCACAUUUUUUUAUGUUACAGCCUUCUCCAAAAUGCAUUACAUUUAUUUAUUUACUCAAAAUUCUACACACUAUACCCUGUAAUGACAAUGUGAAAAAGAUUUUUUGAAAUUGUUGCAAAUUUAUUAAAAAUAAAAACCUGAAAAAUCACAUGUAUUCACAGCCUUUGCUCAAUACAUUGUUGAUGCAACUUUGGUAUCAAUUAUAGCCUCAAGUGUUUUUGAAUAUGAUGCUACAAGCUUUGCACACAAUUUUUGCCAAUUCCUCUUUGCAGUACCUCUCAAGCUCUGUCAGGUUGGAUGGGAAUUGACGCUGUACAGCUAUUUUCAGUUCUCUCCAGAGAUGUUUAAUAGGAUUUAGGUCUGUGCUCUGGCUGAGCCACUCAAGUACAUUCACCGAGUUGUUGUGAAGCCAAU